AUGGGGAGCCGUCAGUGGCCAUCUGCAACAGCUCCGGAAACCCCAUGGAGCUCGCCGCUAAGUAUUCAGCGGCGGGCGUCAUCUCCAUCGCCGGGUUGAGGUGAGGACUGGAUCCUCCCUUGUUAUCCAACCAGAGUGAGAGAUUGAUCCGGUGGCGAUCGAGAAGAAGACCAUCUUGAGAAGCUGCAGUAUGUGUAUAGGAGGGUCUGUAGAUAGAGUGGAGCUGGGGGUUCCCCUCGUCGAGAAUAUCAUGCCCUUGGUUGAGCCCAUUUCUCUUGAAGGAUAGACCACUGGCGGCGGCAGCUGCGGUGGAAGAAAGCCUUGCACUCUCCUCGGUCAAUGCAUCGCAGAAGGCUCUGUGGGUAAUGAAGCUGUCCUUCCUGCAGAAGCCAGUUCAGGAGGGUCUUAGGUUGUGGGGGAGAAGAAGAUAAAGAGGAAGAAAUGUAAAAUGCACGAACUGACGAAAUAUCACAACAUAUUUCGUGACUCUAUGGCAAUCUAAUUUAGAUCACUAUAUCAGAUGACAUAAGACUGUUGUAGCAUAUCCGACGCUUCAUUAAGGUAAGAGGAGAGAACCUGGAGAAGAGGGUGCCGCAGUCGCACUUGUAUUCGCGGGUACCGCAGAUCUUGAUGUGGGCCUUCCAGUCUGACUGGACGGCGUACUUCUUGGAGCACUUGUCGCACUUCCACUUCUUCUCGCCGUGUUUGCGGCUGUAGUGCUUCUUAAUCCCGGUGAGAUCACCGAGGGCCCGCGAGGGGUCAUGAUGAACGCAAGUUUUCUCUGGGCACACGUAGACCUUCUUCCGCACCACCUCCUUGCCCGUCCGCUGCUUCAGUUUCCAUGGCAAAUUGUGGCCCCGCCGGUGCAGCUGCAGGUUCUGGUCCCUCUGGAACCCUUUGUUGCAUAUCUCGCAGAUGAAGCGGUUCGUCGCCAUCAGCGUCUUCGGCGACAGCGCGAUCACCUCCGCAUCCGGAUCUGUAUUCACGCGAGAGACCCAGAGACUGAUAUCAAAAUAAGCAAAUAAAACAAAUAAACCUAUGCCAACGGAAAGAAGAGAGAGGUAUGAAGAGUAAUUGCCUGGAGUUCCGGGGAGCUUCCUGGUCUUCCUGGCUGAUGCUGGCUGCUGCUUCUGA